AUGAACGCACCGAGUAAGCGAACCAACUCGGCGGGGGGUCCCCCGUCGCAGCCGGUCGGGAAAGACAACUCGGAAACGAAGAACGGAGCAGACGCGAAAGAAGGGAGCACAACGAUGCACAAAGAGCACAACCAAUGCAGCAACACGUUUGCAAACAUAACCCUGUGCCUGAUGGGCAUGUCCUCCGUGCUGCUGUACAACUGCGUCUUGAACACCACCCCCCACAUCCACGAACUGCUGAACAGAAAUAUCGUGGUGUCCUCCACCUUCUUUUUAUACUUCUCCGUCCUGGUGUUCAUCUCACUAAUCAGUUCUUUAUUUAUCGAAGUGAAGACGAGGACCUAUGACAUAUGUUUCGUUAUUUCGUUUGUCCUCCAGUUAGUGUACCCUCUUGUCGUAAAGUACUACUAUGACCAGACCUUCUUAUUUUAUUUGCUCAUAGGAUUCAUCGGCGCAACCUGCUCCAUGAUGAAGACGAUGAUUUUUUCAAUUGCUACCAUCGUGUUGAAUAGCUCCAAAGUGAUAUGUCUGUCGUAUGGUUUGACUGGAAUUUAUUCCCUUUUCAUUACAUCUACGUUUUUUUAUUUUUUAACAAAAAUUGAUAAAGACGUACAUAAGCUUAUGCGGUCCAUAUUUGCUACAUGCAUAAUUAAUUGCAUUUUUAUCUUCGUCUCUUUCGUUUGCUACUCCGUGUUGAAGAGUACUGAUGAUUUUAAGCGUAAGUUCAAGAUAUACCAGGAGGAACGGGAGGGAAAACGGGCGCGGAGUGGAAGCAGCGCGCUGUUCGAUACGGCGGGGGGAACAACCGGGGGGGCUCCUUUCGUGAUAGCGGUCGAGGGUUCCACUCGCGAAGGUGGCUACAGUGGGAAUGAAGGCGAAAAGGAGAAGCAACCACGGAAGGAAGCUGCGCAGAAAGCUGCGAAGAAAGAUGCGAAGAAAGAUGCGAAGAAAGCUGCGGAGGAGUAUGCGAAGAAAGAUGCGAAGAAAGAUGCGAAGAAAGAUGCGGAGGAGUAUGCGAAGGACGGGAGGGACCCCAUGGAGGUACCCCCAAGGAGCCGCUUCUUCCCAGACUUCUCCUUAUUCAACGUGAAGACAAACGAGAUCAUGAAGCAAGCCAGGAUAAAGGCAUUCCUCUACAAGAAGUCUAUCGUUUUCCUGUUUUGCACCUUUUACAACAUUUUUCUGAAGAUUGCAGUUUUCCCCGUUGUCUGCCCAGAAAUGUGGACCAGAAACGUGGACGAGCGGUACAUACUGAUCGGCAUGGUGCAGCUGGCUGACUGCGUUAGUAGGAUUUUCCCAACAUUUGCAGAGACAGUACCCGUUUUUAAAGUGUUUCUUCUGCCACAAAGGAAGGUACUCAUAUACUCGCUCGCAAGGACCCUUCUAUCCGUCCUAUGUUUGAUAAUCCCCCUGACAGAUGCGCCCCUCUUGCAAAAUUUUGCUUUUAAGUGCCUCCUCAUUUUUUCCAACAUUUACCUAAAUGGCUGGUUUGUCGUUUUGUCCUUUAUUAACAUUUCGGAUGUCUUGAAGCCCCUGAACUCGAUGAGUAACGUGGCCAUGGUCAGCAGCUUCGGCUCCACGCUGCUCCGGGUGGGCUUGCUCACGGGCUACGGUGCCUCGACCAUCUACAAGCGCUACGUCGCGGGGGGGUGA